ACCACAGUUUCCAAGUUCAUGUUAUUGUUGUUUUUCCAUAUUCUUUACAGGGCAUAUUUUUGAGGCCGAAAAUUUGACCCCAAAGGUUUAUUUUUUCCCUAAUUUGAAAACAAAUUCCCCCAGAAAGAAGGAAAAUGUGCACAACGUGUCAUGCUUUUGUUGAAAUAUUUACAUAGUCCGUUUUUAUCAAUUUCAGUUUGUGUUUUUAUGGGGUUUUUGUGUCGGCUCAAAAGUCUCGUCUUUAUUUCAUUAAAGUCAAUUGAAAAAUAAGAUACUUUACAUGGAUUUUUAAAAUUUUCAACGAUGUUUACACUUUCCUGCUUCGCGUACUAGUAAAAUAUGACGUAAUAAGCAUGUGUUACGGCCACACUUUUGCUUUGCUUUAGUUAUAUACAAUGUAUGUCUAGGGAAAGAUCUAAAGUAAAACAGGAGGGUGCUGCAACCUGCUCCUUUUUUGUUCUUCCCUCCUGCCCCUCUGUUCUGGCCAACAAAAAAUUAUGAAAAUAUUUAAUUUUCCCAAAUAUUUAAUGAAAAAUGCAGCAGAUGUGCUUUAAACCCUUGAUCACAUGCAUUUGACUAAUGAGUACCCUGGAUAUAGCAAACUAAAAGAAAAUUUUUGGUCCAAAUUUCCACCCUGCUCCUUUUAUGCAGCACCCUGUACCAUAUCGGAUCCUAGAUCUUUCCCUAAUAUGUUGCAACAUAUUACAGUUUAGUUGCUUGAUAAACUGUUUGAAACUCUUUUCAGUUACAAUAUACAUCAUUAUGUUAUACACUAUUCCCAUUCUACAAAAAUAUUGGUGUCAGAAAUGGUAUUUAUUAUUGCUAAUACUAAUGAAAAUGUUUUACUGGCUUUCUGUUUCACAAACACCAUAUUAAGCAUUUUUGUUUUAUAUACAUAAAGCUCAAAGUUUUCAUUUAUGAAUACAAUAACAGAGCGAAAACAAGGAAAAAAGUUAAUUGUCUUCUCCAUUUAUAAGUGUCUCUAUUAUUCGGAAAAAUACGCACAUAACACUUAAAUUCUUUAAUCACAGUGUCCUAAACAUCAGGCAUACCAAAUAUAUUGUAUAUCGGUAAAGAAAACAUAAACAACUAAAAAUACUACAAGAAUGUGCAUUGAAACAAAUUAGUAUUUUUAUGAAACAAAUAAAAUGCAACAAUUAAUUAUUUGUUUUGGUUAUUUUCAGGUGAUGAGUUUAACAACAUGGCCAGUAUUCCCCUGGGUGGUGAUCAGCUGACACGGGUAACAUUUGAUUCGGCACGCGUUCUGAGAUCUGGUACUCACAGUCGAACAGAGAGGUUUGACCAGUUGUCUCCAGUCAUCGAAGAACUAUUUCAUGUUCAGCAAGACUUGUUAGAGAAAAUCAUCAAAACCUUCUACAUACCAGAAACAGCUCGUGAAGAGGGAUCACUUGCCCAGUACAGAGCAAUUCUUCAUAGAACAAACGUUAAUGGUCAAGUUAAGGCUAAUGGAUAUGAAUCACACAAAGACUUCCUCAUUACUGUCACUAGAGCUCUUGUGAUAGAGUUAGCUUGUGAAAGAUGGGGGGCUGAUUGCAAGACAGACUUGGGGUCUCUGGUUCCGGAAAAAGUGAAGACUUCUAAUACCAAAGGGAAGAAGCAGUGGUUACAGGAGCAAGUGACCAAAGUGGUGGAUACACUGUUCUGCCCAUACUCUGCUCCAAAAGAUGCUAAAAUAUACCUUCGGCGCAGUGGCCAUUUGUACUGUGUUACGGUGCCUUCAAAAGAUGUCGGGAAAACCAUUGAUCUUAUAAUAAAUGGUGAAGCUGUCCGCAUAAGAGUGCCUGAAGAUUGUAAAACUGACGAAGCAGAAGAUGGUGUGUUUUCAUACAGCCUUGGGAUUGUCAGAGUUGCAAUGGAUUUUAUCAUGUUCAAUGAUGCAAUAAAAUCAGGUGAUAUAGACAUGAUUACAAUUCUUAUGAAACGAUUCAUUCCACUGUUUGUAGGAUUGUCAUCCUACAAAUCAAAGUAUGCUAUUGAGUGUGUCAACUUCCUUACUAAAACUGAAUGCCUGUUGUCAGACUUUGAAAGUGCUAGAGUGAAACUGGGAUUGUUGGUCAACAGAAAAGGCCGACCAGGAAAAAACAAACCAGCAGACAUGGAACAGGAGAAUAAUAUUCGUCUUGUCAAACACGUAAUUAGAGGACUUGGAGCCGGAAAAAGUGAUAAAGCUAUGCUAAGAAUAUCGAAGGCAGCACCUGUAAUCAGUGCAAUGGUAAAUGGACUAGAAGGAAGCAAGACACAUAAAGAUAGACACUCCAGAAAGUCAAUAUCAGAAGAUAUUUCAAGAUUAGGGGAUGCAAUUCGAAAAAUAAGGCCUUUCAACUAUCAGAAGGGUAGACAAAUGAAUCCUUUCAAGAAAAUUUCAUCAAAUGUGAUUGGUGCUGUGAACAAAGACAAAUUAAAGGACUUUAUAAUCAGGCACAGCUCCAGAGCAGUUAAUAAGCUUGCUUUUGAUGACAAUGAAGACUAAUAAGGGAUGCUGUUAAUGCCAAUAAGGACUCGUUAAAUUGAUUUUUGUAGUCAGAUCUUCAACACUUAUUUUUGCAAAAUUGAAAAAAAUGUGGGUUUUUUUGCUUUUUGCUAUUUGCACUAAAGUUUUGUAUCCUUCUUUAACUUAAGUGCACAUGAAAAUUAAAUUGUGUAAAAAACAACAUAAAAAAACACACCUGAAGUCUGAGAAAUGGUUUAUGGCGCUUAAUAUUAAUGGAACAUUAAUAUUGUUUUGUAACCUGUAAAAUAAAUCAUGUGUAAAUAUUGAGCACAGACCAUCAAAAG